ACGUGGAUGCACUUCUCCGAGUUGCCGUAGAAAAGCGAAAGCCUCCUCUAUUCACGAUGUCAUACUUAAAAUUGGUGUCGCUGUGGUCCGCGGCUCCGGCCCUGAUGAGCGGCUCGGCGCUGACUUCCGGCGGGAGUAAAAAGAAGAGCCCAGAGCCGAUUCUGAGCAUCGAUGAGCUGCCGUCUCUGUACACCCGACCCGAACCAAAGCCUCCAUCGGAGGCGCCGGAGCCGAGUCAUCUGGAGCAGAGCGUCGCCUCGCUGAGGAGGCGUGCUGAGCCGUACGUGGACCUGGGUCAGCGAGCUGUCCAGACUGCGUUGGAGAAAGUUGAACAGACGUACGGGAGGAUGGAGCCGACCAUAAACACGUCAGUGACGACUGUCAGCGAGACGGUUCAGUUUCUCAGUGACCCGCCUCCGGACCUUUACCCCAGCGUGGCUGUGGUGGGGUUCUCCGGCUUCCUGGGACUUUAUUUGGCCAAAGGCUCCAGGAUGAAACGAUUCCUGCUUCCUGCUGGACUCAUGGCUCUGAGCGCCUCCAUGUUCUACCCUCAGCAGGCGGCGGCACUGUUAAAG